AUGGAGCGGGACGAACGGCCUCCGAGCGGAGGGGCAGGCGGCGGGGGCUCCACGGGGUUCCUGGAGCCGCCCGCCGCGCUCCCUCCGCCGCCGCGCAACGGUUUUUGUCAGGAUGACUUGGCAGAGCUCGACCCAGGCACUAUUUCUGUUCCAGAUGAUCGGGCUGAACAACGAACUUGUCUCAUUUGUGGGGACCGUGCCACAGGCUUGCACUAUGGAAUCAUCUCCUGUGAGGGCUGCAAAGGGUUUUUCAAGCGGAGCAUUUGCAACAAGCGGGUAUAUCGGUGCAGUCGUGACAAGAACUGUGUCAUGUCUCGGAAGCAGAGGAACAGGUGCCAGUACUGCCGUCUGCUCAAAUGCCUCCAGAUGGGGAUGAACCGGAAGGCAAUCAGAGAAGAUGGCAUGCCUGGAGGCCGGAAUAAGAGCAUUGGGCCAGUCCAGAUAUCAGAAGAAGAGAUUGAAAGGAUCAUGUCUGGGCAGGAAUUUGAGGAAGAGGCUAAUCACUGGAGCAACCAUGGUGACAGCGACCACAGUUCCCCUGGGAACAGGGCUUCAGAGAGCAACCAGCCUUCACCGGGCUCUACUAUGUCCUCCAGUAGGUCUGUGGAACUAAAUGGAUUCAUGGCAUUCAGGGAGCAGUACAUGGGGAUGUCUGUGCCUCCACACUAUCAAUACAUACCGCACCUUUUUAACUAUUCUGCCCACUCGCCACUUCUGCCCCCACAAGCUCGCAGCCUGGAUCCCCAGUCAUAUAGUCUGAUUCACCAGCUGGUGUCAGCUGAGGACCUGGAGCCGUUGGGCACGCCCAUGUUGAUCGAAGAUGGGUACGCUGUGACCCAGGCGGAGCUGUUUGCCCUGCUUUGCCGCCUGGCUGACGAGCUGCUCUUUAGGCAGAUUGCCUGGAUCAAGAAACUGCCUUUCUUUUGCGAGCUCUCAAUCAAGGAUUACACGUGCCUCCUGAGCUCUACGUGGCAGGAGUUAAUUCUGCUGUCCUCCCUCACCGUUUACAGCAAGCAGAUCUUCGGGGAGCUGGCUGAUGUCACUGCCAAGUACUCACCCUCUGAUGAAGAGUUACACAGAUUCAGUGAUGACGGGAUGGAGGUGAUCGAGCGGCUCAUCUACCUGUAUCACAAGUUCCAUCAGCUAAAGGUCAGCAAUGAGGAGUAUGCUUGCAUGAAAGCAAUUAACUUCUUAAAUCAAGAUAUCAGGGGUCUGACCAGUGCCUCGCAGCUGGAACAGCUGAACAAGCGAUACUGGUACAUUUGCCAGGAUUUCACUGAAUAUAAAUAUACACAUCAGCCGAACCGCUUUCCUGACCUCAUGAUGUGCUUACCUGAGAUUCGGUAUAUUGCAGGAAAAAUGGUGAAUGUGCCCUUGGAGCAGCUGCCCCUCCUCUUUAAGGUGGUGCUGCAUUCCUGCAAGACCAGUGUGAGCAAGGAGUGA